GCCAAGAGUCACUCCAUGACUCGAUAAGGAGACCGGAGCUACCCCGCCGGCCCGAGAUUCUGCCGUAACCCACUCUUGUGUAGCGGAUCUCAUCCGUCCCGAGUCGAUGACUUCUGGAAUAACAAGAUGCUGGAUGAGGAUUGUCUAUGAAGUUUGUCGGUUCAAUCUACUUUGAAAUAUUUGCGAAAUUUGAGAUCCAUUGAUAGUUCCCUAUUGAGAAAAUGGCUGAGCAAGAUGCCUCCCCUCUGAGAAAAUUCGAGAGUAGCAAGAUGCAGCUUGAGUGGAUUGUUCUCGUAGAAGACUUUCCAGGAAAAGAGCUUGAGCGUUUGGAUGUACGACACAAACACGUGGAGCACGUAGAGCCAAGACUUGACCCUGAAACUGGAGUUUAUAAAAUGGGAGGGAUAUUUCUACAUGAGGCUCCGAAGGAAGGGGAGGCGAUGAAGAUCAGAGACGUGGCAUCAGUCAUCAAAGCCAACAGCGCUGAGGAGGCAUUGGAGGAGGUCAAGUUAGAUCCUUACUACACUCAUGGGAUAUGGGAUCCUAGCACGAUCAAGAUUUUCCCGUUCAUUUGUGCUGUACGAAACCCAGGAGGUUAUCACGUACGAAAACCAUAGGUUUUGUUGUUGCAUAUGAUCUGCCAAUGCCUGGAUCUUCUUCCAAUAUCAUGCAAUUGUGAA